UAGCUCACCAAACAUUAAAAUCAGUAGGCAACAUGUAAAACUAUCAGCUUUUCUAGGGUUUCCAUCACACCCAAAGUAACAGCCAAAGUCUUCACGGUGACUCUCAGACCCUAUGUGAAGGAUCAGGCUUCCUGCUUCUCUCUUUGAUCAUCCUCUCCUGCUUCCCCCUUACUUAUUCUGUCCUGGCCCCACAUGCCUCUUUGUUAUUUCUCAAAAAUAGGUGGUUUUCAUGACGGAGAUGUUGAUAUGACAGAGUAGUAUAGGGACCCUGAGAUUGUCUCAUCCCUGAAACACUGCUAUAUCAGCAUUAAACCAUUUUGAACACCCAAGAAAUUGAUCUGAGGAUUCACAGAACAAUUAAUUCUGCAUAAUUGGAGCCAGAGAACUUGCCAGGUAUGUGGUAUGGAGAAGUGAUUUGGUAGAGAGAAAAGCUGCAGAGCCUUGGAGUGUAGGGAGCCAUUUUCAUGGAGAGAAGACAGAGAGAAAGGGGGAGAGUGAAGCACAUCGGGAUUGCACAAGUAAAGCACUCUCCCUGGAAGUAGCUGGAGAGAAAAAGUGAAAACACUCGCAAGGGACUGGACAAAAAAUCUGUUCCCAGAAACCACUGACAGGGAAAAAGGAGAGGAUUUCAUUGCUGCCAGGAUUCUAUAAACAGUGGAGUGCAGAGUGUGAAGUUUCAGAGCUCAGUGCCUGGCGGUGCUGUGGUGAGGAAGUAGGAUGAAUUCCUUGGAGCAGGCAAUGUGUUCUGAGGGGUGCCACAUGAGAAGAAGUACUUCCCCUGAUUAGAGUGCAUUUGAUAGAGGUUAUAUGGCCUCCCCACUAGCAAAAUCCCAGGCUGACCCCAGAGAGCAGCCAUGUUUGCUGUGGUAUUGGAACAAAGAUGCCAAAGGACAGCAAAACUGCCCUCUGUGUGUUGCACAGGCUGUGUGUUGUGAUGUGUCAUAAUCUCUGAACCUCUGCCACAGUGUAAUUGCAUUAAUAUUUUCUGGGACAAGCUGGCACCUGGACAUUGCUGGGCAAGACCAAUCUCCCAGAGAGUUGGCAUGGGUCCAAGUGGAGUGGUCUCUGAAGUGUGGGGUUUUUGAAACACAGUUCCAUCUCAGAUAAAACUUUGGAGGAAGGUGCCACCUGGAAGACAGACAGUUUGGACACUGACAGGGAAGAGGUGGGGAGCAGAUGAAAACCUGAGACAAAGGAGCAAGUUUGCAGGUCGGUGAGGGCAAGGGGUUCCUGUGCCAGAGACUAGGGAGCUGGGUGAAGCCAUUUUCACAUCUAGCAUGUGCAUGUGUGCACACACACAGAUGACCCUAGUAAGCUAAGUAGUGCCACCAAGUGAAGAAGGAGCCCUCACACAAAGCCCCAUCCACCUGUGCCCUCCAGGCACAGCCCCAGAAGACCAGCACAAACCCCUUUCACAGACUUAUUAGUCUGCAGACUAUAGUGUGCUGCAAAGUUUCAGUUAUAGAAGAAACUGGAUGUAACUUCAUUUAGGUUUCAUUCUGUGUGCUGGAUCCUUUGUUUAUUUGUUCAUUUUCUUUACUUCCAUUUUUGGUUAGGUUGUUCUCCUUUUUCUUUCUUUAUUUUCUUUUUCUUUCUUGUAUAAAGAAAGAGAAAAUUCUUUUUAUGGUUUUGUUGUUUUAACUUUUUAAUUUUUAUUCUAUUUCAUUUUCUUUAUUUUAUUCUACUUUAUGGUUGAAAAUGUUUUUAUUUUUUUAACAUUUUCCCUUUCCCUUUUUUUCUCUAUUCUAUCAAGCUUUUCUCAAUAAGCAGACCAGACCAAAACACACCUAAUAUCUAGCUUCCUUUAUUUGAUUUUUUUGUUUUCAUUUUUUAAUUUUUAUUAAUCUUUUUCUUCUUCCACAAUGAGAAGAUGGAGGAAUUCAUGCCAAAACAAAGAAUAGGAAGAAAUGAUGGCCAGGAUUUAAUCAACAGAUAUAAGUAAGAUGUCUGAACCAGAAUUUAAAACCACACUUACUGGAGAGAGUUGGACCUCCGGCUUGUGAGCAGGCACCUUCACUUUGCGCACAACCAAAGAGCAGUGAGCACAAAGCCGCGAAGGGAGGCUGAAGCAGGGGCAGGGGAAGCUCAGCCAUAGGGGCACACAGUUGCGUUGGUGGGUAUAUGGGUGGGGCCGAGGUUAGUGCCCAGGUGCUGCAAGUGGGGCCCACGCGGGUACAGCAGGCCUGGAAGUGAAGACCCCGGACUUCGGCCAGCCAGAAUCUGAUUUAAAAAUGGGUGAUGUUGAGAAGGGCAAGAAGAUUUUUGUUCAGAAGUGUGCCCAGUGCCAUACUGUGGAAACGGGAGGCAAGCACAACACUGGGCCAAAUCUCCAUGGUUUAUUUGGGCGAAAGACAGGUCAAGCCCCUGGAUUUUCUUACAUGGAUGCCAGCAAGAACAAAGGCAUCACCUGGGGAGAGGAGACACUGAUGGAGUAUUUGGAAAAUCCCAAGAAGUACAUCCCUGGAACAAAAAUGAUCUUCACUGGCAUUAAGAAGGCAGGGGAAAGAGCAGACUUGAUAGCUUAUCUCAAAAAAGCUACUAAGGAGUAAUAGUUGGCCACUGCCUUAUUUAUUACAAAACAAAAAAUGUCUCAUGACUUUUUUUUGUCUUUAUCAAACUUCUAGUGAAGCAGCUGGUAUCCAAACUCUCUUUGAAGCUAUUCAGAAGCCACAAGGCCAACUCCCUGAUUGGCAGGAGUGUUAACAUCCAACCAUGGGAACCAGUGGAACUUACUGCUUUGGAAAAAUGUUUUGAAAGGGAAAGGUCCAGAGUGAGGGCAGUGCCCUUCUUAGAGGAGUGUACACAUGACCUCCAGGACAAAGAAGAGUGGGUAGGGUUGGCUGGGAAAACAAAAAGGCCUUAAUUUAGUGGGUGGAUAUUGGAUUUGACAGUGGUUCUUCUUGGGGACAUGGGAUUGAACUUUUGUUUUGGAGUUUGGAAGUUGCUUAGAUACUGAGAGAAACCCAGGGAGGAGAGGGAGGAAAGGGGAAGCCUGGGGUAUUAUUUCAUACAACCUGGCUUCAUGUCCUCUGGUCCCUCUCUGCAAUUCUUUAAGCACCCCCCCCUAAGGAAGUACCACCUUUGGGAGAGACAGUUUCCUAAUUAAACUGAGAUUCACAGACCCAGGGCCCUCAUUAGGAAUUGCUCUUGAAAUAAAUGAUGGUGCAUAUUCUUUUUAAAAAAAUUUUUAAUGUUUAUUUAUUUUUGAGAGAGAGAGAGAGAGAGAGAGAGAGAGAGAGAGAGAGAGAGAGAAUGCAAGCAGAGGAGGGGCAGAGAGAGGAGACACAGAUUCUGAAGCAGGCUUCAGGCUCUGAGCUGUGAGCACAGAGCCCAAUGUGAGACUCAAAACGAACAAACUGUGAGACCAUGACCUGAGUUGAAGUCAGAUGUUUAAUGGACUGAGGCAUCUAGGUGCCUCUUUUUAAAAUUUUUUAAUGUUUAUGAUAGUGCAUGUUAUAAUCUCAUGUUUCCACCUGGGUUUGCCCUUUGCAAUCUCUCUUUCUCUCUCUCUCUCAAAAAAAAUCCUACUUAAAGGAAUCUCAAGAUAUGCUAGUCAAUGAAUACAUCUAUAUACUCAAUUUUUUUCUGUCCUAAGUGCCUUGUAUGGUUGUUUCCUAAAAUUAUGAGCAAAUCCUAGUCCUGUAUAGUGAAUAUUGGGGCUGGAAGUGUGGAAUUCAGAAGAGGAGGUAUAUGGAUCCUGGUCCUGCCCACUGAAAACUUUUAGGCAAUAAAGGAAUUUAAACAACACACCCAGGACGCUAACAUGCACAAAGGGAAAGUUAGUUUCAACUGAGCAUCAGGUUGGGCUGUAAGUGCUGGCAGGAAGGGGAGGAUAGUUGGAGACGGGAAUCAGUUUAGGAAAGUCUUUUUAGACAUGGAAUGGGGGAAAUGUAAGAUGAGGUUGAGAAGGGAUAGUCCUGUAAUAACUAGACAGGACUGAGGAGGGCAUCCCUGGCAGGGCAGGUAACUUACCUAGGCCAAAGGCUCAUUCCAGGAACAGUAAACAAGGAUGUGAGGAGCUGAGUUAGGAAGGAGGUGAUGGGCCUAAGGGUAGGGGGAGAAUUAAUGUGGGGCUCUGACAGCUGGGUCAGAGAGUCUGGACUGAAUAUAAGCUAUUGGAAUAAUCACAGGUAUUGCACGGAGCAAGAGCAUUUCUGAUCAUGGUAUUUGAGGCUGAUGUUUCUCUGUUGUUAUCAACUGGAUUUGUGGUAGGCUUUCUCAGGAUUCCCAGUCAUGGAUUUGCUUUCCCUUCUAUAAGUUUGCUUGUUCAUCUCUUGUUCUGUCUGCUUCUGUUGGAAUCAUAAAAUAUUAUUAUUUAGUUCCCAGAUGUUUUGUUCAUUGGGAUGCUUCUCUGGUAUUUACAUACUUUAUUGUAGCCCUCUUUCCCUCAUCUUCAGUAAAAGUGGGAAGAGCACAAAGACCACCAUGCACAACACGGUUGAGGGAAACAAAUGAUCAAAAGCCUUACCCCUCUCUCACCCUGCCGUUCAGAUGGUCUUCCUCUGGGAUUCUGGUUCAUGGUCCAUGGAUAGACUUCAGGAGAGUGUAGAACAUUUUUUUGAGGUGGUCAACCUCAGAAGGGUGUGUGAUUCAACAAAUGUUAAGAAUCACUGUUGUGUCUUUGUUGGGAGGUAGGUGGCUGGAGACAGCUCCACAGACGGAGAAAUGUGGUACAAGCAUCCAGAAACAGUUAAAGGAGCUGGAGGAGAAAGAGGAAUUGGGGAAAAGGAAAUGGGUUCAGAGGGAACUGGUAGGAAGGGUGUCCCAUCGUUCCUUGUUCUCCACCCUCUUUCUAGCAGGUAUUUCUUCUCUGUAUUCUCCAAGUCCUGGCAAUUACAUGAUUCCAGUUCCUUCAACUUAAAUCUACUGAGUUCCUGCCAUUUAUUAGGCAAUGAACUAGGUCCUCUCACAACAUCACCUCAUGCAAUUCCUUUGUUGAACCUGAAGUACAGAGUGGAGUCCACCCUCCCUCAGUCGUGGACUGUUAGUACCAUCACUUCCUGUUAGGCCCUAUAUAAAUGCAUUUUUUCCCCUUUCAUUCUUAUCUCUAUUCUUAUUUCUCCUCCUCACUGGAGGCACUUGCUUUAGUGUAUUUAGCAAAUACUCUUUCAAUCCAUGGUAUAUAUGUGUAUUUAGAUGCAUUCAUCCACUCAACAACUACACAGUGCCAACUAUAUGUCAGACACAGCUGUAGGUACAGGGAAUACAGCCAGGAGAAAAGAAAAAGUCCUGCUUUAAUAGAACUUACUUUCUUUUGGAGUGAAACAAAUCAUGAACAAAUGAAUAAGUAAAACAUAUAGCACCUUAAAUAUUAAGUGCUAUGGAAAAAAAGGGUGGUGAAUAAGGUAUGUUGUGGGUGGCUAGGAGUGGAGUGACUAAUGAAGGCUGUGCUACAAAUGUACUUUUUCACAAAAUGCAGUUAAGGGAGCAACUAUCCAAAUAUCUAGGUUAGAAGUGGUACAGUUAUAGAGGACAUCAAGUACCAAGGGUCUGAGUCAGGGCUUGCCUGGUAUAUUAGGAGGCUAGUGGCUAGAGAAAAAAUGAGUGGGAGAAGAGAGAAACAGAAUACUGAGAGGUAGCUGGGUCAAUGACAAAUACUGGAGGAUUUUGUAGGACAUUGUAAAUGCAGAUAUUGGCUUCUACUCUGAAUAAAAAGGGAAACAGUGGAAGGUUUUGAGCACAAGAAUUAUGUGACAUUUUUAACAGAUAUAUGUGUAUCCUUGACCAACAUACAAUAUUUUUUGGGCUGUUUUUGUUUGCUUGUUUUGUUUCAUUUUAAAGUUUAUUUAUUUUUGAGAUAGAUACAGAGCAAGUGCAAGAGGGGCAGAGAGAGAGAGGGAAAUAGAGAAUCCCAAGCAGGCUCCACGUUGUCAGUGUGGAGCCUGACUUGAGGUUCAAACCCAAGAAUCGUGAGAUCAUGACCGGAACCAAAAUCAGGAGUCAUAUACUUAACCUACUGAGACACCCAGGAAACCCAUGGCUGUUUUUUUUUUUUUAAUGUACAUAAAUGGCAUUGUGCCUUACACCUCAUUCCCCUUUUACUUUUCCUACCUAACAUUGUUUCUGAGAUCUACCCAAGUUGCUGUCUGUAAAUUUGCUUAUUUCUCUGACCUGCUGUAUAAUAUUUUAUUAUGCAUAUAGGACACAUUUUACUAACAUAUUCCUCUAGUAACAGACUCUUGCAUAGCUUCCAACUUCCAGCUACCACAAAUAGUCCUGUGAUGAAUGUGCUCAUGUGGGUCUCCUUAUGAACUUGGGAGUUUCCUUUAAGUGCUACCUCAGAGAGGGAUUGUGAGGUGGGAGGAUGUGUGCAUUUUUAAUUCCAAGGUUGUACUUCAGGUUGUACUUCAGGAUGGUGGGCCCAGUUACACUCCUACCAACAGUGAAUGAUAGUUUAUAUUUUCUCAUCAGAUUCCCAUGUUGAUCCAGUAAGGGAGGUCAAGUAAGUUUCCUAGAACUGAAGCUUAAAGAGAUUAGACAAAUCACCCUGGUUUAUAUAGACAAGCAGAAGAGCCAGGGCUGAAAUCCAAAAUUUCUGAUAUAAUGUUCCUUGUUCUUGCCACUAUAGCACCCAGCACUGCCUCUUCCAGAAAUAAUAUGAAGCAUCUGUAGACAAAGAUAUUGUUAUAAUAUUAAUUAUAAUAAUUAUAUUAUAUAAAUAUAUUAUAAUUAUCAUAAUAUAUGUUAUAAUAUUCUAUAUCACAAUUAUUAUAAUUAUGUAAUAAUACUUAUUAUUAUCAUUGUAUUUGAACUUUGCAUCUUUUGAUUAGAUCUUUUUGAUCUAAUUCAGUAAGCCUACGACCCCCAUGUGUUUAGCACUAACAUCUAUGCCGGUGUCUAAGUUUCAAGGCAAAGUAUAUGGAAUAAAACUGUUUUCAUUGUCUCAGGAGGACCAGCUAACAGACUUGAGUUUUAGUGGAUGAUUUCAAGGUUAGACAUUUAUAAAGACUAAUUGAUUUUAAAAUUUGGACACUUGGGUCAGAUUUUAAUAUUAAACAGGUAGAGUAUAUUAAGUAUAUAUUGUUUGUUAGAAACUGAGCUAAGUACUACUUUACAGGUAUUGUUUCACUUACUCCACACAACAACCCUAUGAAGUAUUACUUUUUUUCCCUUUUGACUCAUGAAAACUAAAGUUCUGAGGGCUGAACAAAUUUGUCCAGAGUCACCCAGUAUGUGGUAGAGUUGUGAUUUGAACCUGAACCAUCUACCUGCAGAGACUUUACUCCUAACUACCAAAAUGUGCUUGCUUAUUGUGAAAAGAAAGCUCUUAGAAUCUCUUCCCUUUGAAAUUGAGGACAAUUUAUUAUCAGUUGGGUAGUUUAGAGCAGUCAUGGGAAGUAUGGGGCUAGUUGGACAAGAAUCUCCAGAGGGAGAGGAUGUUUGAAAAUGUGCGCAGGUAUCUUCAUUAUGCCUCCCUCUGUUCCCUGAAGUGAGAACCUCUGCCUUAGGAUAUCCCACCUAGAUUAUAGGGCCUUGGUGUGAUGCCUUCCAAAAAGUAAGAAUUCUCUAAUUGAGUGUUGGUGGUUGGCUGUGUAGAACUCAAGGCAACCUGAUCUUUUUUAAACAAGUGUCCUCAAAGGCAAACAAUUCUUUAUCACCCCAUGUGCCUUAUACCUGCCAUGAAUGAUGUACAGUCAAGGUUUUAUCACAGUUGGUUUUCCCUUCAUACUUUUCAUUUUGCUUGCAUUCUACAAGGAAAGUAAUACCAUUUAUAUUUUUACCUGAACCAGGUUUAUAAAUGUUGCUUGGCUACAAAGUAUGUAUCUCAAAGUCAAGUAGAUAGGAAUUCUGGAUUAUGUGCUCUUUCAGGUUUCUUUUCUCAGUUUGUGUAUUUGUUCAACAAAUAUUUAUUGAGCACCCAACUCACAGCCUAAUUGAGGAGACAGGAAGCUGACCUGGAAUUUUGAUUCAUUAGGAUCAAUGGCACAUGGGGGAAGCCUGGGUGCUAUGAGAGCACAUAUGGAGGGUAGCAUAAGAGUUAGGGGAGGCUUCCUGGGGAAAUAACUUCUGAGCUGGGAGCUGAAAAAGAAGCUGAGGUUAGUAUGUGAAGGGGCCAAGAGGGCAUUAGAGACAAGGGAACAUGGUGAGUGUAGAAAUCACCACUAGAGCAGGAACUGGGCAGGGGAUGAAGUUGAAGGAAUAAUCACAGGUCAGAUGAUGAAGGAAGGAGGACUAGGAAGGAAGAUCAGUGGGAAUCACUGAAGGAUUUGAAGCCUGGGGGUGGGUGGGGGGCAUGUCAAUCACAUUCACAGUGUAGAAAAGUUCCAUGAAUUAAGAAGUGACCACCCCCCUAUCUAUCUCAUGUACUUGUUAGUAAAUCAUAAAAUUGGAACUGGUGGUGGCAAAUAAGGAGUGUAGAUGGAUUUGUACAUGAAAGGUAUGAUCCAUAACCCAAGAGUUCCUUUUGAUAAUCUGUAGAGAAGACUUUUCAAUUUUGACUUGAUUUUUCUAUCUUUAGAAACCUCUGACAACAUUUCCUAAAAUUCUCUCAAACCAAGUCUGAGUAGGGAGGAGAGUGGGGGCUGCAUGACUUUGCUUUCUCUGUUCUCCACCAUUCAUUUCCAGGAUUUUGCUAUGAAUUUUUCAUUCAAAGUCUUGCUUCCCAUUGGGGAGGGGCCCAUUUGAAUAGCAGCAGGGGAGGAGAGGGAACCUCAUGCAAAUUCCUUCAUUAAGAAAACAUAUUUGGCAUAUUGAAAGCCUGGUUGAAUGAGUUAAAAAUAACUACUUAUGAAAAACUAAUAGGAGUUACAAGUGAGUGAUUUAAUAAAAGCUCACAGAGCAGGGUAGAUUCUCCAGGCUGCUGGCAGCUGACAUCACAGAUGGUGCAGGAUGUUUAUAGAGCAUAGUGUGACCAGUGAGCAGAGUUCCUGCAGAAAUGAGCUCAUCUUCUUUACUGGAAUCCAAAGAGGGAAGAGACAGAAGAAAUUGUUUAGGUUGUGAGCUUCUGAGCUAAGUGACUUACUUCUUUCCUUCCUACCCAUCAUACUCUCAUAACUAUGGAUGUAAAAAUUGUAGUACAUUUUGCCUGGUUGCUUCAUAAAAGCACCUUUAUAUCUCUUCUCCCUUCUUAGAAAUGGAUUGUUGGUUGGCUACUGCACCUAUCUCUCCAAUGUUUGCUUACUAAACAGCCUGUUCCUCUCCUUUUUGGAAGUAGUUAUAAAGGUCUUGCCCCUUUCUCCCUCUUCCUCUCUUCUCACAACACCCUGUGGGUCUAGGUGGGUAAAGGGAAGGGUUUGGACUAUACAUCCUUUGUCAUCACUGCAGUUAAAUGGAAGAUGCAGAGUGAGGAGGAAGGGGGACAAAGUGACAUCUGACUUUGGCUAGCUGAUUUGGGGGCUAAAGAUUUUAAGACUGGGAGACCAAUGGGGCACCUGGAUGGCUCAGUAGGCUAAGUGUCAGACUUCAGCUCAGGUUAUAAUCUCAGGGCUUGUGAGUUCAAGCCCUGCAUCAGGCUCUCUGCUGUCAGCACAGGGCCUACUAAGUUUCUGUCUCCCUCUCUCUCUGCCCCUUUGCAUUUGGUGCUUUUUUUUUGUCUCAAAAAUAAAACCAUCAAAAAAAAAUACUGGGGGGCCAAUAUUUGUAAUUUAAACUCAGGUGAUAUUUGAAAAUAUAGUUCUGUGAUUGCAAUCAGGCCCUCUAGUCAAUGAAUUAAUGUGCCAUAAUUCAUGCUCAAGCAUGGCCCAAACAUCCCACAUGUGAAUUGUUGCACAAUAAAUUCAUGCCAUCUUGUGUCUUAUAGCUCAAUUAGUACACGAAGCUACAUGAGAUGUACCCAAAUUUAAAUAUGUCAUGUAGUUCAUUAAAAGCAGAAUGUUGGGAAGUACUUGGCACUUUUCUGGGGGAAAGCAAGGUUGGUUUUUCUGUGAUGUCCUUUAGUGUCAGUUUCUGUGAUAUUGGGCUACAACAGGUAACCUGAGACUUCUAAGCGUUGGUUGAACACCAUUGUUCAGUAAAUACUUAUUGUUUACUUAGGC